CCCAUCUGCCUCUUCAAAAUCUCUCAGCCGCCAUUAAUGUCCGAUUCAGAAAGCUCCCAUUUUGAAUCUCCAAAACAAAUUUGAAAACAAACCCAAAUCAGUUUCAGAGAAGAUGUUAACAAAGAAGAAGAAGAAGAAGAUGAUGAUGAUGAUGAAGCUCCCAUCUCUCUUCAAAUCCUCAGGACUCCACCACAACGACAAGUCGGCUUGGCCCUGGCCGUCAUGUCGGCAGCCAAGAACCCUCUCUUUCCGGACAACCACCGCCGCCGCCGCCACCGCAACAGAAUCCUCGGAUUCCUUUUUCACACUCUCCUCCGAGUCCUCCGGCAGUUUCUCGACGGCGUCUGAGUGCUCCGGCGGUGACCCAAUUGAGAGAAUGAUUCGAGGCCUCAGGUCGACGGAGAGGCUCCUCUUCGAGCCCGCCGGAAAAUCAAGGUCGAUUUUAAAAGAGGAGAAGAAGGCGGCGGUACCGCCGCCAUUGAAGGAAGGGACGACGGUGGUAUCAAUGGAUUCCGAUGAUCCGUUUUGGGAUUUUAGGAAAUCAAUGGAGGAAAUGGUGGAGGCAUAUGGGCUGAGGGAUUGGAAGAGCUUAGAGGAGCUUUUGAGUUGGUAUUUGAGUGUUAAUGGCAAAAACAACCAUGGAUUUAUAAUUGGAGCUUUUCUUGAUUUGCUUGUCUCUCUUGCAAUGGCGGCGGCGGUGGCGGCGGCGGCUUCUUCAUCUUCUUCAUCAAUUUCUUCUUCUUCUUCAUUUUUACCUUGUGUAUCAUCAUCCAUGGAGAUUGAGGAGAUCACAUCGUUAGAUGAACAUCAUCAUCAUCAUGUUUUCUUUUAAUUUUCAAUUUUUUUUUAAUGUUUAAUCAAAGAAUGUAAAUACAAAUUAUUUUCUUGUGGCUUCCACCAUGUGUUAUAAUAUUAGCGGCUACAAAAUUUAUGUUUGAA